AUGUUCGCGCGCCGCGUGUUCAUCGCGCUUCUAGCCGCAAGCCUCGGCACUGCCAAGGCCUGCACGGCGUACGCCGCCGGCAAGGGCGCCACCAAGGACGGAAGCGUCAUCGUCUCCCACAGCGACGACGGCGCCGGCUCGUCAGACCAUGACCUGUCGGACAACGCCACCGCAUGGCGGCCCGUGUGGCCUGACGACGAGGACUGGCCGCGCUUUGUCGGCAAGUCGCGUGGCUCCACCUACGAACCACUGCCCGGCCAGAGUCUGACCAAGCCGGCGGGCUUCGUCAAGCAGGUCGCGCACACCUAUGCUUACUUUGACGGGAACUACGCGGUCCAAAACGAGCACCAGGGCGCUCCCAACCCAGUGACAUCCCUCACCACACGCGGCACCUCCGUGGCACCGCCGCCGCUCGUCGAAGGUGGAGGCCCUGCGGCCACGUCGAUGGCGGCUGUUCCAUGGGUGAUGGCUGCCACCGGCUGGGUCGUCGCGGCGGCGCUGUUCGCUCGCCGCCACAGGGGCUCCACAGCAGCGGCGCCAGCGACUGGGGGGGAUUAUGCGGCGUUCCGAUGA